AUUUCCACUGUACACAAUUGGUUUCAGUACUCACAUCCUUGCGAAACGGACAAGUCAGAAAAGAAGGUGUGGACUCUCGAAGAUGAUGAUGAUGACGAUCCUGAUGAUAUGGUUCUUGAUAACUCACAUAAUGAUCUAACCGAUGGUGGAUUGAAAGAAUCUACAAAGGAUGAAGAAGAUCCACUGGAUAUGUUUAUGAGUGGACUUCGAAAGGACUUACAGAAGGAUCGAAAUUCGGUAAUUGUUACCAUAAAUGCGGUGAAAGAAAAGGAAAAAGGAGUUGUGCUUGAAAAUGAAGGUCGUUCAGACUUCGUUGUAGACGACAUAGAUAUGGAGCAGGCGGCUGCGAGCUUGUGUCAUAAAGGACGCAUGUUACCUGCAACGGACCACUCAAAGGUGUACUAUCGGCCAUUCCGCAAGGAUUUCUACGUUGAGACGCCAGAGAUCGCGAAGAUGACUAAAGCUGAAGUGCGCGCCUACAGAGAAGAGUUGGAUGGAAUUGAGGUAAAGGGUAACAAAUGCCCCAAACCCAUAAAGACAUGGGCUCAAUGCGGUGUGGAAUUCAAGAUACUUCAACAACUGAAAAGACAUAACUACACGAAACCAACAGCGAUUCAAGCACAGGCAAUCCCGUGCAUCAUGGCAGGUCGAGACAUUAUUGGAAUUGCCAAAACAGGAUCGGGAAAGACGCUUGCAUUUCUCUUACCAAUGUUCCGUCAUAUAUUGGACCAACCAGAACUAGAAGAGCUUGAUGGGCCCAUAGCUCUUAUUAUGUCGCCUACGCGGGAGCUUGCCAUGCAGACUUGGAAAGAAGCGAAUAAGUUUGCCAAAGUUCUUGAUAUUCGUGUUGUCUGCGUAUAUGGUGGUGUUGGGAUAUCCGAACAAAUUGCGGACUUAAAGAGAGGUGCUGAGGUUAUAGUUUGCACACCUGGAAGGAUGAUUGAUAUGCUUGCAGCUAACAGUGGGAAAGUGACAAAUCUUCGUCGUGUUACUUAUCUUGUUCUCGAUGAAGCGGAUCGAAUGUUUGAUAUGGGUUUUGAGCCGCAGGUUAUGAAGAUAAUUAACAACAUCAGACCGGAUCGUCAAACCGUACUAUUUUCUGCGACAUUCCCUCGCCAAAUGGAAGCACUCGCAAGGAAAAUUUUGGAUAAACCUAUAGAAAUUCAAAGCGUGGUAUGCGCUGAUGUGACUCAAAAUGCUAUAAUUUGCGAGGAACAUCAGAAACUGUUGAAGCUUCUUGAAUUGCUUGGAAUGUACCAUGAACAAGGAAAUGUAAUCGUAUUCGUGGAUAAACAAGAAAAGGCCGAUGAUAUUGUGGCACAGUUGAUGCGAAAUGGAUAUUCCUGUGCACCUUUACAUGGAGGAAUAGAUCAGUUCGAUAGAGAUUCGACCAUAACCGAUUUCAAAUCUGGUGUCAUAAAGAUAUUGGUUGCUACUUCCGUUGCUGCUCGAGGUCUCGAUGUGAAGAAUCUCAUAUUGGUUGUUAAUUACGACUGUCCCAACCAUUAUGAGGAUUAUGUUCAUAGGGUGGGAAGGACUGGCCGUGCUGGAAAUAAAGGCUAUGCUUACACGUUCGUCCUUCCUGAGCACCAAGAAAGAAUGGCAGGUGAGGUAUGUCGUGCUUUCGAAACGGCUGGUUCUAAACCACCGCCUGAACUGAAAGCAAUGUUUGAAAAAUUCAAGGCCGAAAUGGCAGCACAAGGUAAAGAGGUUCAUCUGGGAGGAAAAGGGUUUGCUGGCAGCGGCUAUAAAUACGAUGAGGAUGAGGCUGAAGCAGAAGCAACUAAGAAGAAAAUGACUCGCUUGGUGUGCGGUAUGGAGCAUGGUGCGGAUGACGACGAUGAAUUGGAUGAGCAGUUAUCUAUGAUGAUAAAGUCGAAGCGAAGAGUAGUAGAAGGGCAAAUGAGUCAGAGCUCCCUGAAAAAGAAUGCUGAUGUAGAGGACAAGGUAGCUAAAGCCAAGGCAAUGGCUGAAAAGUUAGCAAUGCUUAGGAAUCUCAAUGCACCAGCCGAAAAAGAUGCGGCUCAGAAGACUGCUGAAGCUAUUAUGAAGGGUGGAGAUAUCGCCCCUAUUGAAAUGACUUCCAAAAUGAUUGCAAAACAGUUGGCGGAUAAGCUAAACGAAAAGCUUAAUUAUUUGGGAGGUGAAGCACUGCCGACAACUAUCCAAGAGGAAGAGUGGCAGUAUUUCGAGGAAGAACUCGAUAUAAACGAUUUCCCUCAGCAAGUGCGAUAUCGUGUAUGCAGUAGGGAGUCGCUUGGUCAUAUUUCUGAGUUCGCUGAUGUUGGAAUCUCAGUCAAAGGCUCUCACUACCCACCUGGUAAGGAGCCAAAAGAAGGAGAAAGAAAGUUGUACCUAUUAUUGGAAGCACGACACGAAAGAAAUUUGAAAUGCGCAAAGGAGGAAAUUGUUCGAAUCAUGAAAGAUGCCUUCCGACAACUGGUAAGUGAAUUCAAUCCAGUGCCUCGCAUGGUUUUACUCUGA